CAAAUGACUCAAAUGCCCGAACUGGUUGCGAUACUGCAUAGUCUGGUGGGCCUUGCUGCCGUGUUGAUCGGCUAUGCGAGUUUUCUCGACCCGAGUAUUAGUUACACUGGUGUUGAAAAAAGCAUACACGAUAUCGAAAUUUAUAUUGGCAUCGGUAUUGGUGCGAUGACGUUUACCGGGUCGAUUAUAGCCUACGGUAAACUCAGCGGCAUGAUCG